ACCUCAUAUUUGCGCUGUUUCCAUCUCGAGAGUGUCUGCUUCCUUGUUCUAAAAGAUGAGAUGAGCUUUUCAGCGUUAGGAUAGCAGGCCAAAAUAUCACAUCUGAUUAAACACGCACGUGACAAUAUUGUGACAAAUAAAUUCUUUGUCACGAUAGGUAAAAUGUUCAGGAAUAAUUAUCAGGGUGGAGCUGUGGUUGAGGUCUUCAGUGGACAGGGAAAAGACCCUGUAGCAAAUUGGAAACUUUCCGGGGGGCCGUCAGCAAUACAUAAAGAGUAUCAUAAAGAAGUCAAAGGAUUUGUUUACUGUCUGGAGGGAAGCAGCCAGACAGUCAAGAUGCAAAUGCCAGAGAAUGGGAAAUUGUCUCUUGGCCUACUCCAAAGAUUUUUGGUCCUUCAAGUGAAUAUUCCUCAGUGCAAAGAUUUUUCAGUCGAGCUUGUGGUAACUGAUUUAGAGCACCUAAAAAGAAGACUUCACUUGUCAACAGUGCAUAAAGAAGUGUCUGCCACUCCUUUGCACGCAAAGAUACCUUUUGGAGGACUGAAACGUAAUAUUUGGUCUGCUUUGUGCAUCGACCUUGUAUCAUUCACCGGUGAACUGUUCAAAGGAUUUUUGUCGCUGGACCUGAUCACUUUGUUUGCUUCCUGCAAAGUCCGCAGAAUCUUCACCAUGAAAACAGAGCCUACAGGAUUGUCAGAUGAUGACGUGUUUCUCAGUGGAGCUGGUCUCAUGGAUUUGAUCCCUCGCAGUUGCCGGUUCCCACCAGAUGUCAGCCACGUCACUCUUGUGUUGAACAUGGACAAUUUGCAGAGGACUGGACUGCUGAACUCUGACUAUGUUUCUGAUCAGUCUGCAGCUGCAAGAUCAACCGGUUGUCGAAGCACCAGGAUUCAGAGUGUUUUACACACAGCCUCAGGCUCCAGGGUUUCAGGGCCUCUCCCUCAAACUGCAAGGAAAAGCAGUGCAGCCUCAGAUGGAAUGGAUAGAGAUGUACUCUUUAUCUCAAACAGGGGAUCCUUGUGCAGUAAAAUGACCAAAAAAGUAACUACAGAAAGUCAGAGCACUGCCAACCAGAGUGAGAACUUACAGCGCGAAGAGUCUUCCCACAUUCUUCCUGAUGGAACACCUUUCAAUUUGCGGCCCCAGCCCCCAAAAGACAGAGUGGCUGACAGGCGUGGAUCCAAGAAGCUGAGGGUCUAUAGUUCUGGCAGAGAGAGGCUAGCAUCGACAGCCCCGCCUGAUGCUGUCCCUGGUAGCCACAGAAAAAGAAGUAAAACCAGGGAGAAGUGCAUUCCUCUAUCUAGUACACAAGAGAGCAGGCAACAACCCCUGACCCAAACUGAAAACACACAGCACGUCACAAUAGAUGAGUAUAGCUGGAGUCCUGUCAAGGAAAGUUCACAAGCUUCUCCAACAGCAGAGUCUCUAUCCUGCUCGAUCUGGCCAGGCUUGUCUUGUGACCUGCAGGUCUGCAGCAGCUGGGAGAAUAAUGAGGGGUCCGAGCCCCAGCUCACUCUGCAAGAGGAGAUGUUCACUUUCUUAUCCCAGCCACACUCACCCAAAAGAGGGCAAGGCCAGGGUGACCAGGAAAAGAUAGAGAUGGGAAAUUAUCAGGUUCAGAGCAAAAGUGGGAGGCGGCAUGAGGCCCCGCUAGAGGAUGACUUUUUUGGCAGUGAAAGUGAUGAGGAUAAGACCUGCACCAUGUUGCAGAAUCACAGACCUAGUGUUGAGUCAAACUCUGCUGCUCCCAGAUCUCCCAGUCCAUCUUUGGAAGUGCAACUUGAAACCCACUCUGACUCUCAUAUUAUGGAUCAAACAGCACCAAAAGGCCUCAGUCCAGAUAUUCGUCUGCAGUCUCCAUCCAGUGGGAAAGCAGAACCAGCGGGGAUUGUCCCCACAAGGUGCCUCUCACCCAGUGUGACACCCAGCAGACAGGAACACAAGUAUGGCCAGUGUGAUCCGAGGGUAGUGAACCAGGUUGUGCAGGGGAACAGCAUCAUAUCACUUUCUAGGAGACUCCUGCAAGAAGUCAGACUGGAUGACUUCACACAGCACAAGGAAGAAGAUGACACCCCAUUGAAGCCUGUUGAUUCCAGAGAUUACAACCUGCACCUGCAUAGCAGUCUGCAUGUGGAGGAUGAUGAGGAGCUUAGAAUGCUGGCAAGUUUGAAAAGGGAGCAGGAGGAAGAUGAAUGUAGAGCCUCGGGCCUCAACACAUCUCAGAUCCAUCAGUGUAAUGUCAGCAUCAGCAUGAGCAGUGAUGACACCUCUACUUGGACCCACAUCUCCAUGCCAGCUAAUCAGGGUCAUCACUACCAGAAGGAAAUGAACCCCCUCCUGCAAUCAAACCCCAGGGAGUGGAUGGAUGUGCUCAGCCCUCCUAUUAUGCCUCCCAGUCAGCAGAGAAGGUCAGGCAGCACAUGGAACAAUCGGGAAAAUCUAAUCGGAGGAGGGGAUGAGAUGGUGAAUGAAGAGGAGGACGAGUAUUUGAAUCUGCUGUAUGAUCCUUGCCUGAACUGCUAUUUUGAUCCAAAUACGGGGAAGUACUAUGAACUAGCCUAAGUCAAAGCUGAGAAUCCAAAUGAAUAAAUCAGAAGCCAUUGACAACUGGUGAAUGGCUUCAGGAUUUUUUUAGGCCUAGCUUAUUGAUCAGUAAUGAAUAACCCAUUCACAAAAACUUUUCUAUGUUGCUGCUUUUGUUUUUGAGAGACUAACAGGAAUUUUGUGUCUCCAUAAGUAGUUUCAUCUAAGUGCAUAAAGGAAUGAGACUCAAAAUCUCUGAUACAUGCCUGGUGCAAAAAAAAAAAAAUGAGUCAUUGCCCGUUCAGUAGCACAUCUGAUUCUAGAGAGAGUCUUUUCAAUGACUUGGCUAGCAAAUCAAUAUGUAAGCCAUUUCAAAGAACAUCCUGCAGCUUCUUUUGGAGGAGAGGAAAAAAAUUUCUAACAUUUAAAUCCUGCCAGGAUUACUUUUAACAAUACAGGACGUUUUGUUCUUCGUUUACCAUACUUCAUGUUAAAAAGUCAUUGAAAGCAUAUCAACCUGUGUGGAUUUUGUGCAAAUAAAUUUUAUUUGAAAUUACAGCAGAUUUCAUGCGUGGGUUUUAGUUCAAGUUUCCUGGUACAGCAGUUGCCCUCAAUUAAUAUUCUCACAAGUAAAAGAGGGAAAAGAAGAUGAUUGAUAUAUUUUUUUUAUGAAUUUCAGUUGUUGAAUAUUGUACAGUCACAAUGGUCCCUGUGUUCACAGCUGAACCUCUAACUAGGGUUUUCUUAUUGCUUGUGAGCGUAAGCAGCAAUAACAACAGACGGGCAGCUCGUGAGGCUGGCAGGUCUUUUCAUCAGUCAUGCCAAAACGCUGAUCACACCUGAUGAGCGGGUGAUAUGAGAUUGAUUCAUCAUUUUCAACGUGUGAUGAAUUGUUGCUUCACAAUGGCUGGAAGAAAAAAAAUUAAACAAACGAAGCAAAGAAAUCAUCUGUCAAAUUGUGUUUGCUAGUAGUUAGUAACAAGCAGUAGUAGCCAGCCAGCUAGCCAGGUGGCACAGCCAGCAUGCUGAGCUCAAGUCAGAAGGCAAUCUACUUGUCAAAUACUGAUAUAUGGAGAGUGUACACAAUUACCUCAUAUGAACUGUCAUUAGAAAUAUGUUCAUGAUUUGUGCAGUGUUAGCUAAAACACUGUGUCCCGCAGUGCAUUUUUCCACUCAAGUCACGACUUAGCAAAACAAACCCUGAACAAAGAAAGCACCAUUUUAGACACAAAAUUAAACAUUUGACAGAGAAUGUUUCACGGUCUUUUAUUUUAAACAUGACGUCAUAUGACGAUCUCUGAAUAGGGGCGUGGAAAUAGUGCUCGUCACUACAGGUGAGAGCAACCCGGAAGUAAACAAACGUGGUUCUUUAACUGAUCGCCGUUUCAGUCCGAUAACAAACAUUUCAAGUGAUUCAAAAUAUGCCCACCAAUUCGGGACUCUGUUUGUUGUAAUUAGCUAGACUUUAAUGUUCUGAGCUUUAUUGUUCCAUGAUGAAAGUUUAUUAACGAGGCUCUAAAGUUCGCAAGGAUGUCAGCACAACAGUCCAGUUUAAGGCUUCACCCUGGGAUUCUUGCAUCUGUGAUCUUCGUCUCGGUGGUAGCAGUUGUUGCAGCUGUAUUGAUCAUCCGAAAAUACUUCUUCCCAGUCAACCUGUCACAUCACUCUUUUUCAGCGAGGCAACAUACAGAUACUCACUGCUGAGGCGAAUGGAGGAUCAGGGUUCAGCAGUGACAGAGGAGGAUGGCGACAGGGGGCCCUGCACAGUUGGAGAGGAGUCAGAUGAGGAUCUUCUGGAAUAAAUCUUAGACCAAGAUGCUGCUGGACUGACAGAAAAUCAGUUUAUUGUGGAUGAAGUAUAUGGUUUAGGGCUGCAACUAAUGAUUAUUUCAUAAUGAGCAAUCUUCUGAUUGUGUUUUUGAUGCCUGAUUAAUCAUUUGGUCAACACAACAUAAGAAAACAAAAAGAAAAAAAAAAAUACCCAUCGCAAUUUCCUACAGCCUCUGGUUCUGUUCGAGCAGUCCAAAGGCAGCAUAUGAACACGUUUGAGAAGCUGGAACGAUCAAAUGUUUGGCAUUUUGCUUUGAACAGUAACCCAACUGAUUAAUCAACUAUCAAAGUUGUUGUCAGUUAAUUGUCUGUCAAUUUAAUAACCACUUAAUGGAUGAGUUACAGAUUUUGUGUGUAUUUUAUUCAUUAUCUGACUUGAACUUUCAUCAGAGUGUUAUUUCUUUCUCCUGUAUGUGAAAAAUGGAGCUGGAUAUGUAUUAUCUCACUUUUAAUAAAGAUGCACAUUAAGUAUUUAUCAGCAAAAUGAACUAUGAUUUUUAAGCAGGGUUAGUAUAUUAAAAAUACAGCGAUUUACA